CUCACUUUCCUGCUAGCACCCACAUUGCAUUACAGCAUCCACAAUGGCAUUCAAUGGGACCUGGCAGGUCUACGCCCAAGAGAACUAUGAAGAGUUCCUGAAAGCCAUCGCACUGCCAGCUGAUCUCAUCAAGGUUGCUAAAGAUAUUAAGCCCACUAUUGAAAUACAACAAAAAGGAGACGACUUUGUUGUGACAUCAAAAACACCCAAGCAAUCUGUAACAAACUCAUUUACACUUGGAAAAGAGGCUGACAUUACUACUAUGGAUGGCAGAAAGCUAAAGUGCACUGUGACCAUGGUAAAUGGAAAGCUUGUGUGCAAAUCAGAAUCCUUCUAUCACGAGCAGGAAAUUACAGGAAACGAAAUGGUGGAGCGUUUGACCGUUGGUGGAGCAACACUUGUCAGAAGAAGCAAGAAAGUCUGAAGACAAAUCCACUUUCUUUCAGACAUUUUUUACAUACCUAAAUAAAGUGCACUUUCCAGUGGUGUGA